CUAGGUGUGUUUACAAAGUCACUGCAUCAGUGUCAGACAACAAACUCUUGGCAUUUGGCUCCGUUCGCGACAACACAAGACAGAAAAUCUUCGCGCAAACUGUUCGACUUUAAAAGGCAUGGAUCCUGUGAACGGAGAUGUGAAUAUCGCCGCGGUGAACCACACAGAUGAUUCCAGAAACGGAGAAGUAGAUGAUCCACAACUUGUAGCAGUGAAAAGUGCUAGUUAUUGGGAAGAGGUUGACAAAGAAGAGAUCGAACGCGAACGAACGGAACAAGAACAAAGAGGGAAGAUUACAGAAGAGGAGCUUCCAAAAACCGGUAGCGCAAGACGAGCCAAGGAAAUCUUUGAAUCUAAGCCGCAACAGCAAGAAAAAGAGACUCCAAUAGAUUUGCAGAUACUUUCAGGCGUGACUAAAGCAAGCAUGAAGAGGUAUCAAGAACAUCAGGCUUCAAGAGCAAAUUCGCGUCAAAGGGAGAUGGAAGAUCUCGAAGAUAUUCAAGGUGGAAUAGCCGCUUCAAACAGAGAGGCCUUUGAAAAAGGUAAAGUGAGUAAUGCAGAAAGAAAGGUAGGAGAUGAAGAAGAGGAACACUUACCAACCGCAGGCAUCGCAUCCAAGACGCGUGCAAAUUUCGAGUCUGGUCAGGUCAACCGUGCCGAGGACAGACACGUGAGUGAGAAGGAUAUCAUCGAAGAAAUGCCUUCAGCUGGUGCUGCUUCCGCCGUGCGACGUCGAUUUGAGAAGAAUGGUGAAGGUGAAGAAAAGGCACAGAGGCGUCUGAGCUUUGAACCGGAGAAAGGAGAGGCCAAAGCAAGAACUGCUAUGUACAUGCAAAGUUUGGAGGACUCAUCGAACAAGAAUCAGGCCUUAGACGAACAGGAUGCUCUUCCUGCUCCGGGCAGCGCACGUGGUGUCAGGCAAAUGUUUGAACAGGAUAAAGUUAUCCACGCCGAGUCGAAUCUUCAAGACUCUUGGAAGGAAGAACUUCCGCAAUCUGGUGCCGCUCGAGCAACUAAGGAAGCUCUUAAAGCAGCUGCUUCGAAAGGAUACGAAAAAUCACAGAUCGAAGAUGAAGCGCUAAGUCGUGGCUUGGCUUCUGCUGCCAGGCAUCGAUACGAAAAGGGUGAAUUUCAAGACCAAAAAGUUAUCGAGCGAGAGGAACCCAUCGUGUCACCCGGAUCAACCAAAGAACAAAUGAAGCAAUUUCAGGAAGCGGCUUCAAAUCAGGGACCGAGAAGGCGAACCAUGGACAACGAGAGAGAAGAACUAGAAGCUGCCCGUGGUGUAGCUCUUGCCGUGAAAGCCAGCUACGAGAAGGAAGGCGCACCUCAUAAAGAAACCAAAAAAACUAUCGCCGAUGAAGAUUUCUCCGCUAUCCAAGGCCGUGCUAAGGAAACGACGCGAGAAAUCGAGUCGGGCGGAUUCAUCAAAGAAGCACCCAAGAUGGUCGACACUGAAGACUUCGGCGUUGCCCGUGGAGUCGCCAAGGAAACAACCCAGCGGAUAGAAAAGGGAGAACUAAUUAAAGGGGCGCACAAGAUGGUAGAAGAUGAAGAUUUUUCUAACAUCUCCGGCCUAGCUAAGCAGACAACGCAGCAAAUAGAACGAGGGGAGAUGAUCAAAGAGGCACACAAGAUGGUGGAGGACGAAGACUUCUCAGGGAUCUCUGGAGUGGUCAAGGGAACCAGGCAACGGAUUGACAGCGGCGAAAUAGCUCAGAAAAAGACGGUCAGAAAUUCAGAUGCCGGUGAUCUGAUGGGAAUUCAAUCUGUGACGAGCAAUCGUGGAGUGUUUGACCAAAACGGCGUUUGACUCUAUCCAGGAAAAAACAGCAGGUUGAAUAGGACCUUAUUAAUAAGUCACUGACCAUUUAAAGACAAAUGUCGGUUAUAAAAGAUUCAUUUUAACCCUUUGUAUAUACAAACCAGAAACCUCGCUGGCUACGCUCCAGUGUCUGGAGUUAAAGUAAAUUGCAAUAGAUUACGCUGCAAAACAAAAUUGUUAACAAAAUAACAACUCGCGAAGGAAAGAUAAGGUCGUUGUGGGUUAAAAUGAUGAUAUGAUUCAGCGUUAGCGUAUAUGUAAAAGGAUAAAUAAAACUAGAUGCAUUUCUAAGAUUGUUUCUGGAUAACGCAAUAUCAAAUUUCACGAAAAUGGCUCCCUCGGCCAGUAGGUGCCGACAAACUUAUGAUAAGUCAGCCCUACUUGAAAAAAAAAAAA